AGGAGGGCUUCGACAUCGGGCCCACCGUGAACCCGUGCACCAAGGGCCUCUGGAUCUGGGGCCAGCCCGUUCAGCUUGCGGCCGACUACCACUGCAUCCUAAUAGACACGGAGGGGCUCGGCUCGACGCAGAGGACCGCAAGUUGCGACAUGCAGAUCUUCUCGCUCUGCAUACUGUUGUCUUCCUAUUUCAUUUACAACUCGAUGGGGGCAAUCGAUGAGCAGGCCAUCGACGACCUGCAUCUUGUGUUGCACUUAGCGAAGCACAUACACGUCAAGGCAAAGAAGGCCGACCAGGAGGCCGAGAGGGCGGCGGACCUGGCGCAGUACUUCCCGAUAUUCCUGUGGGUGCUGCGCGACUUCCACCUGCGACUGGCCGACGACAAGGGGAACUCCAUCACAGAGAAGGAGUACCUCGAGAAGGC